CAUGGUUUCCAGGCAGUGCGUGGCUUUGUUUCUCUGCUCUCUACUACUGGUUCCUCUUUCUCUGGAUGCAGUGCACGCUUCUGUCAGCUGCAAGUUGACGUAGCUCUAGGAAGUGAGCUCUGCUGAUGUCUGCUCUCGAACCUGUGUACCCGACGUCUUUCCAAAGCACGGCAGAGACGGACAAGGAGACCCACGUGGCUGUGGUCUAUGGUGCUGGCAGCAGCAAGGAGCCAUCCACAGGCUCCACCAGGAUACGCAAACAGCCUUGUCCAGCCUUCCUAUGUACUUUAACGUAGCCUUUUUAACAGAAGAAAACUAAAGAUAAAUAUAUUAAAGCAGCGGUUGUAAAAUUGUGGUCUACUAGUGGUGGGUCUUUCUAAAGCAGGAAGAGGCAAGCAGCUUUUUGGAAAGGCAAAGGCGAGCCAACAGCUUCUUCGAAGAGCUAAAACUGGGGUCACUGGAGCGAGAAUGUAUGGAAGAAAAGUGUUCCUUUGAGGAAGCAAGAGAGAUUUACCAUGAUGAUGAAAGGACAAAAGAAUUCUGGCACAUCUAUUCUGACCCUAACCAGUGUGACUCCAACCCCUGUCAGAAUGGCGGGAGUUGUGACGACCAGUUUCAGGAUUACGUUUGCCGCUGUCCCAUCGAAUAUGAGGGCAAAAGCUGUGAAAAAGCCAUGGCUGACAAACUGAAGUGCAUUUACGACAACGGUGGCUGUGAACAGUACUGUACUGACGAGCAGUCUGAAAAACGAGUGUGCUUCUGCGCGGACGAUUACGCUUUAGCGAGUGAUGGCGUGUCCUGCAUUCCCCAAGUGAAAUACCCAUGUGGAAAAAUACCAGUACUGGCAAAAAAAAAUGCAACUGCACGAGGGAGAAUAGUAGGUGGUUCAAUCUGUCCUCCAGGUGAAUGUCCAUGGCAAGCCCUUAUAAUACAGAAUCAGAAAGGAAAGUGUGGCGGUACCCUGCUUUCGCCAGAGUGGGUGGUCACUGCAGCUCACUGUUUGGAGUAUACUCAUCCUAAACAGCUUCGGGUGAGACUGGGUGAACACAAAAUAAAUUACAAUGAGAAAACUGAGCAAGAAAGUGGAGUUGCCAGGAUCAUCGUUCAUGAAGGAUACACGAAUGGACAAGUCAAUAAUGAUAUUGCCCUCCUAGGCCUGGAAACACCCGUGAAUCUCACCGACUAUGUGGUGCCGAUAUGUUUGCCUGAAAAGCAGUUUGCAGUGUAUGAACUGUCCUCCAUCAAGUUCUCCACAGUGAGCGGAUGGGGACGCCUACUAGAUGGAGGUGCCACCUCUUCUGUUCUGAUGAGAGUUGAUUUGCCACGUGUAAAGACACAAGAAUGUGAAAAGGAGACCGAUUUAAAUAUUACAGAGAAUAUGUUCUGUGCAGGAGACCUGACCGGCGUUAAAGACUCCUGCAAGGGAGACAGUGGUGGACCUCACGCUACAAAGUACAAGAACACUUGGUUUCUGACUGGGAUUGUCAGCUGGGGAAAGGGCUGUGCUGUUAAAGGCAGCUAUGGGGUUUACACAAGGGUAUCCAAAUACAUUGACUGGUUGAAGAAGCACAUGGAUUAAUGAUAAUGAACCAGAACAUUUCCAGAUCAUGUUAUUGCCCCCCAACCCCUCUCUGUCAUUUUCCUAUUGAAGCAUUCCUUCAUUAUCUCAGCUAUGUGAUGCAUGUGAUACCAACACCACUAUUAAUGAUUUGAAACGAGCCUAAUGCCUACUUGAAUAUAUAAAAUAACUUCCCUAUUGGUA